AUGCCUUGCCAUACCAAUCGUCCUAAGCCCACCCUCACAGCAUCUUUCGCCUUCAAUGACUUACUUGACUUGAUUGAUAACAACAUCGAGACUUUUGACAUGCCAGAUGGAAACUCCUCACCUACCAAUGCCGUAGUUUCGCUUGCUUUCCCAUCUGACGAUGACCUCACGCCACCCACUAUCACCUUUACCAAUGCCUUUACCCCACUUGCGACUUCAUCCUCGCUGAGCGAAGAUUCCGCGUCACAAACCCCUUCUGAAUUGACAACCACACCGGCUCCACUGCCGUCGUCGACUUACACCAUCCCAACAUCAACAGCUCCUUUACCGACCGCUACCUCAACAGACUAUUUCUCAUCGAGCCCAUCUUCGACUUCAAGUGCAACAGAAAACAGUAUUCCCACAUCUACCUCUCCGCCUGCCCCACUUGCGACUGCUGACUCACAGGUUUCACCGCCCCCUGAUCAAUCAAUAGACGAAUCUACACCUGCAAUCAAAAUUGUUGGCAUCAUCUUCGCAAUCGCUGGAGCUUUCAUUUUAAUCGCAUUUAUCAUAAGAUCAAUCAUCAGAUACAAACGAAAAAGAAAAUCAAAAAUAAACGAUUUAGAACAACUUCCUAGUCAAAACUCAUUAAAUUCAUCAUCGAAAACUGCAAAAUCCUCUAUUAGUUCAAGGAAUCAAGAUAAACUUAAGAAUCAAAUUUCAUAUCCCAUCACAAUCCCUGAAAAUUCAUUUCAUCCAUUCACUCCUCGUCCUUUACCAGCUGGGCUGCCCCCUCGACGUAUGAUUCCGGUUUCUAAACCUCUGAGGAUGACACAAGGUCGCAGAGGUAUAGGUUCACUUACACCUUCAUCUUCAGCUCUCACGCAGAUGCCUACUCCCCGAUUACCUCGAGCUCCAAAAUCAAUACGUACUAUCUAUCCACCGCGUGGCCGUACCAACCUUAACUCUAGUGGAAGUAGCUCUGAUUCAAUGUUAAGUUAUCCUACUACAAUUGAGAGCAAAGUUGAUCCGGAGGGAGUAGCUCAAGUCAAUGCACCUAUACGUCUUUGGCCUAUUACUGAAUCGUCAAAGCGUACACGACUUGUUAAAAAAUGA